AUGAUGUUUUUCUCGAGUGUGGCUGAGCUGCGAGCCACACGAAUCUUCCUGCGGCUUCUGGAAGACUCCACGGGCGGGGAGGGCGGAACCAAACGUCUGACUAGAAUGCCAUGUGAAGUAAAGCCUCGGUUUGUGUUACUUUAUGGGUCUCAAAAGGGUCAGGCUCAGGCCAUUGCAGAGGGGAUAUCUGAGGAGGCUGACAAAAAUGGACUUGUGGCUGAGCUCAGCUGCUUGAAUGAAAAUGAAAAGUACAAUUUAGAGAAAGAGGUUGAUCCUGUGGUAUUCAUUGUGUCCACUACUGGAGAUGGAGAGCCGCCGGACAAUGCUCUUAAAUUUGUUAAGAGCAUAAAGAAGAAAACUCUUCUUCCUGACCAUUACCAACAUCUGACUUAUGCACUUUUAGCUUUAGGAGACACAAAUUAUGCAAAUUUCUGUAGCUGUGGAAAGACAAUUGAGCGUCGACUGCAAGAACUGGGAGCACAACAAUUUUAUGCAACAGGAUAUGCAGAUGACGGUGUUGGGUUGGAGCUGGUCGUAGACCCUUGGCUCGAAGGACUGUGGACAGCAAUCAAAAAAGCAUUAAACAAAAUGGCUUCUGACAAUAAUGAUCUGUUGAAAGAAAAUGCCAUGCAACCUCCUUUCUUACCAGAUGUCCAGUUUAACCGCCUGAGUCUCAGUAAUCAACUGCCCAAUGCAGAAAGCGCUUCAAUUAUCACAUUGGCUAAUAAACAUGCAGCAAAUGUUAAACAAACUGCCAAUUCUGAGCCCAAGCCAGCGUCAUCUGAGAACAGGGCGGACAUCACAUUGUCGUUAACAAGCUCUUUACCUCCGCUGUGUGAGUCGUCUCUCAAUGUUCCUGCUUUACCUCCUCACUUCUUGGAGGUUGCUCUUCAGAAUGUAGAUGCAGAAGACGAGAACACAGGGCCUCCAAGCAAAGGUGCUCUUUAUGAAGUACCCAUUGUAAAAGCUGUCAACAUGACGAGUGGAGAUGCCGUGAAGACCGCACUUCUUCUUGAAUUGGACAUCUCUUGUUAUCCAGUGGACUAUCAUCCAGGAGAUGCAUUUGAUGUGUUUUGCCCAAACAGAGCAGAUGAAGUAGAGCAGAUUCUGCAUUUGUUAGGUCUUUGGGAGAAAAGAAACCACCAUGUUUCUAUUUCGCUAUUAAAGGACACAAAGAAGAGAGGUGCCCAGGUGCCAUCUCAUGUCCCUAAUAACAUUUCACUGUUUUACCUGCUAACAUGGUGUCUAGAAAUAAGAAACGUUCCCAAAAAGGCAUUAGUUCGGGCACUGGUGGAAUAUACAGGGGACGGUGCACAGAAGCGGAGACUACAGGAGCUGUGCAGUAAACAAGGCGCUGCGGAUUAUAAUACAUUUAUUCGAGACCCAAGCCUUAGCACCCUGGAGCUUCUCUCUGCUUUUCCAUCCUGCCAGCCUCCCCUCAGCCUCCUCAUAGAGCACCUGCCUAAACUGCAGCCCCGGCCGUACUCCGCAGCAAGCUCCUGUCUGAUGCACCCAGCAAAGGUGCAUUUGGUCUUCAGCGUGGUGGAGUUCCCAGCAUGCUCUGGGCGGCCCGAUGCGAGGCGCGGCUUGUGUACUGGAUGGUUGUUUGACCUCAUCAGCCCAUCCCUGCAGUCCUCCAACGGCCAGCUUCUGCCAAAGGUCCACAUGAGUUUACGACCGAACUGCUCCUUCCGCCUGCCGCCUGAUCCCUAUGUGCCUUUUGUGAUGAUUGGACCAGGGACUGGAGUCGCACCCUUCAUCGGAUUUCUGCAGCAGAGGGAGAAGCAGAGACAGGAGAACCUGGCGAUGGCAUUUGGCGAAACGUGGCUCUACUUUGGAUGCCGCCAUAAAGAUAAAGAUUUCCUGUUCAGAGAGGAGCUGGAGGGUUUUGUGUCCAGCGGUACCCUAAACCACCUCAAAGUGUGUUUCUCAAGAGACAAUGAGGAAAAGGAGGAGGCCGCCCAGUCAUCCGCACGACCCAAAUACGUCCAACACAAACUGCUCCUCGACAGCAAGGCCAUAACUAGCAUCCUACUGGAGAAAAGUGGCUACAUCUAUGUGUGCGGGGAUGCGAAGAACAUGGCCAAGGACGUGAACGACACACUGAUGGAGAUGAUCAAAAAUGAACUCCGGGUGGACCAACUGGAGGCCAUGAAGACGCUGGCUUUGCUGAGGGAAGAAAAGCGCUACUUACAAGACAUCUGGGCCUGA